AUGUGGCUGGCGUGCACUAAAGGAAUGCCAUUGAUUCUUCCCUCCCAACCCAACCCCACAUCCGUCAUCACCCCCCAACCCACCUUCUACUUCCCCCUCCCCCCCCUUCUUGUCGGUGCCAGCCACGGCAGCAGCGGCAGCACGGAGUGCCACGGCGGCAGCAGCAGCAAGAAGGCGGGGAGUGGUAGCAGCUAUACCAAAGGACAGGCGGGGGGCGCUUCCACGGCGGCUGCAGCAGCAAAAAGGCGGGGAGUGGUAGCAGCGAUAAGCAAGGACAGGCGGGGGGCGCUGGUGGAGGAGGAGGGGCGAGUGGAGUGGAGGAGGCGGUUAAAAGGCUCAAGGGCGUUCGAGUUCGAGUCACCUCUGAAAGAGGCGGGGCAGGUGGACGAGGCGGGGCAGGUGGACGAGGCGGGGCUCGCACCCACCCACUCCCAGCUGAGCAAGGGUGGAAAUGAGAAAGAGGGCUGGCCGUACAGCACGAGAGUGGCUCUAUUGCAAUCACUUGUGAGAACUUUUGAGAAUUCUCCAAACACCGCCAGAGCGGGCGGGGCAGCAGUGCAGCAGGAGAGGGUGGAGGCGCUCAAGGCGCUGCGCCAGCUGCUCUCGGCCAAUCACAGCCCGCCACUUGGCGCUGCCGUGCGCUGCGGCGCUGUGCCCCUGCUGGCGGAGUGCCUGGCGUUUGGAGCCCCAGAGGAGCAGCUGCUAGAGGCGGCGUGGUGUGUGACCAACAUAGCGUCUGGGGAGGCGGAGGAGACGCGUGCCGUGCUGCCCUGCGCUGCCCUGCUCAUCGCCCACUGCACUGACUCCCCGUCACCAGCGAUAGCGGAGCAGUGUGUGUGGGCGGUGGGCAACAUAGCAGCAGAGGCGGACGACCUGCGAGCACAGCUGCUGGAUCAGGGCGCCCUGCCCGCCCUCACCCGCCUGCUGCUCGCCGCUGCCUCUGCCCUCACUGCUGGUGGGGGCAGCACGGGGGCUCGCUGGUUGACGGCACAGGCGCCAGCAGCCAUGGCAUCGCUGGCAAAGACGGUGGCAUGGGCGCUUUCUUCUCUCAUCAAGGGCCCCAGCCCCCGCGCAGCCGUUGAUCUGGUGAAAUCCGACGGUGUGGAUGCUGCUAUCGUGGCCCUUCUAUCAUCAGGCAAUGCAGAGGCGGCGGUGGAGGCAGCAUGGAUAGCAGCGUAUGUGACAGCGCUCUCAGACGCGAGCACAGAGAGGCUCGUGGCUGCCGGGCUGGUAGAGGCCCUCGUGCCUCUGCUCACCGCCACCACUGAUGUCGUCUUGCUCACUCCCGUGGUUCGGGCAAUAGGCAACCUGACAGCAGGAGAUUCCAGCAGAACCACUCGCCUGCUGACAGCUGGCACACCCUUUCAAGCUCAACCCAUCCCUGCCCCAGCCUCACCGGGUGUGGUAGCAGCAGCAGCGGCAGGGCCCGGGUUGUUAGGACUGGCAGAGUGUCUUGAGAACAAACACCACGGGCUGAAGAAGGAGACGGCAUGGGCAGUAUCCAACGUGACAGCUGGCGACAGCUGGCACAAGGCGGCUGUGAUUGGUGGAGACGCCAUGGGGGGAGGAGCGGGGAUGGGAGGAGCAGGCAAAGCGUCGAGAAUGUACGAGCUGCUCGUGCAUUUGCUCCGCACGGCACCCUUCGACAUCAAGAGAGAAGUCGCCUUUGCUCUCGCGAAUCUCUGUGUGGAUCCUGCGGAGCAAGAGCCAAUAGGAGAGCGCCGCAUGGCGGUCCAGCAGUCGCGCGUGGCAGCACUAGUGGACGCGGGGUGCCUGCCGCCCUUCCUCUCCCUCAUCCGCUCAGCAGAUGCUGACGCUGUGCGGCUCGGCCUGCAGUUUACCGAAGUGGUCCUGCGUGUACUACCAGACAAAAGAGGCCCACGGCUGGUGGAGGAGGCGGACGGCAUUGAUUCGAUAGAAGCAGCUCAAUUUGUAGGCAAUGAGGAGCUACACUCCAUGUCAAGCUAUCUUGUCGACACAUACUUUGGGGAAGACUACGGACUGGAAGAGGGAGGGUAG